AUGGCAAUUCAGCCACCUGCAAGUAAGGGUGGGAAGAAGCAAUACAAUAAAAACCAAAUUCAAAAGAGGCAAAGAAUAUAUAAUGCCAGAAGUAUUCGGGCAGAAGCUGUAAUUGUAUCUUCGAGCAACAAGAGUAUUGCUGCUGGGGAUUUAUCUGAAUCGGGAUCAAUGUUGAAUGUUGAUCAAUUUACCAAUUCAAGACAAUUUGAGAUUAAAGAAUUGCAAUUGGCAAUGCACAGAUCGAAAGUCUCGGGAUCUACUAGAGUGUUUCAAGAUUUACCCAGGAGAUUACGUAGAAGAACAGCCUCACAUAACAUUAAGAGGAUUCCAAAAAGAAUGCGUAAUAGGGCCUUACGUGAAAUGAUGAAAAACGUUCAGGAGAAGACGGUAUCAACAUCUGCAAAGCCAAGACAUGGUCUUACUGCGAAAGCCCUUUACAAAGCUAAAAUGUCAAUAAAAUUAUUAAGAUUGGCUAGUAAAUCCAAGUCUAUGAAACUUGCUUUUCCUAAUAACAUUUCUGCAGCAAGGAGUCGUGUUAGACAAAAGAUAAGAACUCUCAAAAAGUUGAUUAAAGAUGGCAAAGAAAACAAAAAAUAUAUUAGAAAAUUGAAUAAUGCAAUGGGUAGUUACGAUAACAUUGGGAUCAAUAAAUUAGCACCUAUCCCUAAAGGUCGUCCAAAAUACGUUAAAAGACAAUUGAAGUUUACAUGGUUACCGACACAUGUCUGGAAUGCCAAAAGAUCGCAUAUGAUUAAAAGAUGGGGAUAUCAGAUACCAUGGUCAGCUACCCAGAAAUGUUUUAAGAUGGUCCACCGCAUUGGUAGUAAUGUAGCUACCUCCGACGGAACUUUAUGUAUGGAUACUAGUUUCAUGGGUACAAUAAUUAUAAAUGCUGAUGAAGAUAAUUGUACAUUUUUAAAGGAAACUAUUUCAAAAUUGACAAAUUUCCGAGCCGUCAAUUCCAAAUAUUAUACAUCCAAAAAGUUAUUCCAAGGACUAAUGUACAGUCCUAUCGAUGGUAAUAUUAUUGGACCUAGUGAAGUUAUUUGGGUGGAUGAAGCAUCUGUCAUCCUAAGGUUACAUCCAACCAUAUUCGGCAUUAUAUUCAAUUACUUAUUGACCUUGACCAAAAAAUUGAAGGUUCAAGAUGCUAGGUUUUCUAUUUCUAGUAUCACAAUAACGGGUGCAGAAUCAUUGGCAUCAUUAACAAGCAUCCUAAGGAGUACAUCCAAAUCUGAAUCCUUUGAACAACUAAAAUUAGUAUCCAAGGUUACAGACUAUAAAGCCUUGCCACAAAACUUAAGUUUUGGUUUCACUACAAUUGAUCCACGUCAUUUCGGAUCUCCAAAAAAAAUUAAAAUGGUUAAAAAUGCGUUAAGUAUUGAUAAGGUUAUGGAACUACAAACCAAUGUACCAAAAACUGAAAUUCAUAAUGCAUUAUCUAAACUAUUGUCCCAAUCAGGGCGUAUCGAAUCUUAUAAGAAUCAAUUGACAAUAAAAGAAUUAAAUAGACGCCGCCGCCAGAUGGUGAAUAGUAAUUCAAAUAUUUCUGACCAUGGCAUUAUUCCAUUCGAAAAGGAUACUGAUCCAGAGAUUCCUAUAUAUAUCUAUAAGAGAGAAGAGUCUAAUGAUUGGGUUAUUAUGUUACCUUGGUUCUGGCAUUUACCAUUGUGGUAUCAACUGAAUCGUAUACCAAGAAUGUACAAUGUUGGUUUGAGACAAUUUCAGCAAUUACAAUAUGAAAAUAAUAAACUAUAUUUCCCUGACGAUUAUCCAUUUACGGAGGCAGGUUUUGUAGAAAAUACAGAUUAUAAGAAAGAGGCAUCUCGAAGAAAAUGGGAAGGGAAACCAAGUGGUAAAAGAGUAAACUUCUCGAAACUCAAAAAUAUUCAUAGUACAGUUAUUCCUUCGGUGAAGGGUGAAAUUGGUGACUUCUUUUCUUGUGAUUGGAGACUCCUACAAAUAUUACGGAAUGGUAUUUCACACCUUUUAAGCAAGGGAAAUACAUUGACCAUGAUCAAUCCUAAUAAGACAACUCGAUUUGAUCAAGGCGCAAAUAGGUUAAUUGAAGUUGUCAAUGAUCUCUUUGAACUCUUAAAAGAUCUAGAGGUUGAAAAGUUAAACAUACCUUGCUCUGCAUUACCUAUUUUAUUGACAACAAAAUUGGAUACGGAAACAAAGAAGACUAUUUCAACAAAAGAAGAUGUUGCUAACGUUCCAUUAUCUGUUAUGUCUGUACGUUGCAGAUAUGUAGAAAGAGGUCACAUGAAGGAUAACGCAAGGAUAUACGAAAUUCCAAAAGAACAAGAAAAUUAUUGGAAAGAUAAGAGAAAUGGUAUAUUUAGAGCCGACGGUAAGCUAUAUCAUGAUGAUGAGACACCAUUGCCUGAAGUGUACAAUCUAAUCGGUUUUAUUUCCAGUGGUGCAUAUGAUUUGAGUAUAGGUGGCAGUUCUGGUACUGGGUUUGUUGAUCAGGGCACUCUUGUAAGUUCUAAAGAUAAAUUCGUACUGGUAAGAAAUGUGGGAUCUAACCAAUAUAGGUUGGCCCAUUUAGAUAUGUUGAUUAUAUAA